AUGUUCUUGAUAUUCAUCUUUGUGUGUAGUACUCUGCCAUCUAUCAGUGCUGUGACUCGUGAGUACUAUAUAGCAGCAGUGAUCAGAGAGUGGAACUAUGCACCCAGCGGACAAAACCAAAUUAAAGGAGUAGCUCUCGAAGACGACAGGUACGCUAAGAGUUCAUUUUAUUAGAUAUUAUUACUCAGUCAUAAGCCUGUAGUGAGAGCAAAUCCAAAAUGCUACUAAAAUCUUUUGUUUUUCGGAUACUACUAAACAAAAUAAAAUUGCGGCAACUACUUCAUAGUGAGUCUCUGCUGUUGUCGUUGUCUUCUGCUUCGUUCACUUCUAUCUUGCAUGCGCUCUGACUUCUUUUCACUGAUCUUAAGGGUCAGGAUCCAAGCUGUGGUUGCUCAGGGAAUCAAGAUAUAUAUAAAUUUUUUAAUUCCGAGGUUCUUCCUCAAAUAACAUUUAAAAAAAAAAGGAAUCUCCUACCACCAGGGUAUGUAUAAGAGACGAGGAAUUGUAUGCACUUCCUUAAGUUUGGUUCCGCAAACUUCAUAGUAUCGUCAAGCCAAAAUCAACAGAAUUAAGCAGGGUGUCAGAGGCUCAACACUUGGUUUAACUUAAUUAGUCGUUUUGGACCAACUGCAAAACUGAGACUGAGCAUAUCAUAGCUCUUUGCGCGAACAUCUUAUCACAAUCAUGCUUUCACGGUUCGGCACAAAUCAAGCACAAUGUUUUCAUCAAUUCGCACAAUUGUUUAGGCCAACUUAUUUUUAGCACAUUUCAAGCACCACGAAGCUUUUUUAUCCUUCAAACGUUUCAGAAUAGUUGAUUCUCUACUAAAGUUAAGAAUUAAUUUCAUGAGUCAGUAGUUCGAUCGGCUCGACAUUAUUCGGAACUCAUUACCUUGGUUACAAGCGCAAGUAGACAAUUUUUUUCGCUUCUUGGUUAUCAUUCAAGGAAAAAUGCAAACGACAAAAUUUCCAAGUUUAAGCAGUCCAAUGACUUUAAUACAGCUGAUAUAAAGAGAUAGGCGAGGGGAAACGUUCAGAUUUAUAUACCGCGGGAAAGGGUAUGAUUUUCGGGCGAUUAGGGCUUUAACCCUAAUCAGACCGGGGGGGAACUUUUGAGGCCCCUCCCCCCUCCCUAGCUAAAAAGUUGAAUAACUUCAAAAAAGUUUAAACUAUGGCUACCAAACUUAUCUCAUUUUCCUAAAUUAAAAAUUUAUCUGGGAACAUUUUAAAGUCAUCGUGACGUAUACGUCAACAUAACUGUUACAAUGGCAGGCAAGUUUUGACAGCCAUAUUUUCAAAAUUUGCAUUUUUUCUAUCAAAAAGGUUUUAGUUAUAUUUUAAAUUAUUGAAUUAUCAUAUUACGCUUAAUUUAACAUUAUUUUGUCAAAUCUGUUAAAACUGUUAAUAAAAUACAGCCGUUUUAGUGAAUGAUCUGAAAAAAAAAAAAUUUAAUAAGACCCAAUGGCAGAUGCUAAGUUUUCAAUUUUCAACAAUUUUCAUUUCUUCCGAAAUUGCAUAACUUGCAAAUUAUUUUGCUUCCUAAGUAUUCUUUUAUACGCAGAUCAAAUUCUCUAUUCACAUUACCUCGAUUAAUAGGGGUUUUAUGUAAAAUAGAACACAUUUACUGAUUAAUUCAAAAGGGCCGAUCCAAGAUGGUGGGUGGCUCCAGUUCUAUUUUUAGUAACAAAUUACGUCUUUAUGACAUUACUGUUAUUGUUAAAGAUGAGCUUAUUAUGGGAAAUUAACGAUGCAUGUUGAAAAAGCCAAAAAAUUAACAAAAUUAACCCGAAUUUUCCAAACGUGAUAGGUUUACAUACAUCAAAUAAACGCGAAAGUUUCGAAAACACCGUGCGCCUUACUUUUUUAUUUUACGCGAAUAGGCCAUUUGCACGAUGGCGUCAUUUUAUUACUACGACCAGAAUCCUUUUCGUUUUUCCUUUCGUAUUUAAAUUUGGUAUUCCCAGCGAGGUUUGAAUAAUAUAAGCCGAAAUUUGCACGAGAAAGCAAAACCCUGAAGGAUUCUGGUGAAUCUCAAAGCAUUAUUACAAAGUGCGAUGGAACUACAGUAAAAACCCGCAACUAAGAACCUACAUUUUCAGGAGUUAGCCUAAACAGGUUCUUAUAUAAAUGGUACUUAACAGAAUUUUAGGCUAUUUAGGUUCUUAAAAUGGGUUCUUAAUCCUGGAGAAAAAACAAUGCAUAAUGGUGUGCUGAACUACAUAUUGCUUAGUAUGCUUUGUAAGUCUACAUAUCUUGCAUUCAUUUUUCUUUAAAAAACAUUUUUACAACAAUGGCAAUCUGCUUUUUUUGCUUCAAAUAUGAUUCUUGCAUUGCAGCUGUAAUGUACUAGCAUGAUUUUAGAAAAAAAGAACCUGUUUUAUAUUUCUUAGGCUAAAUAGGUUCUUGUUUAUAGGGGGUAUAAAUGACCAAUUUUAGGCUAACAGGUUCUUAAUUUUUAGGUUCUUAGUUGCGGGUUUUUACUGUAGUACAAAUUGCGACAGCUUAGUUUAUUACAAAGUGCGAUGGAAAAUUAUUACAAAUUGCGACAGCUUUUUAAUUACAAAGUGCGACACAGUACAAAUUGCGACAGUAUUACAAAGUGCGAUGAAUUUAUUACAAAUUGCGACAGAUAUUACAAAGUGCAAUGAUUAUUACAAAUUGCGACAGUGCAUCAUCUCUGGCCCAAAUUUGUAAGGAGCAAAGUUGUGCAAAUCCAUGCAUUUUUUCGUCCAGUGAUUAAUCUGACAAAAGACUGAAUCCCUACAUUCCAAGACAUAAAUAAAUGCAUCCUCCACCUCUUUACUACAUUGCUAAAACCGUUUUCUCUUAAUUGUGUUAAUGUGAACACUUUUUCCACGUCCGAAUGAAACUACGACAUAAAAGAAGAUAUUGACAAAUGACAGCAUAUACCUACCGGAGUGUGAUGUACCUAACUUGCACAACAACGGAAAUCAAUGAAAACAAAAAUUUGCAUACACAUUCUAAGAUAAUUAUGUGAUUGACUCUAAAAACUGCAAACACUAAAUUUGAAAACUUUUUGUCUGUUUAGUUUUUUUUAGCUUUUGUAUUUAUUCAGCCCAUGCAUGCUAGUCUCAGUCUUGGAUGUGUUUUUAGUACUGAGAACUAAACAUAACCGUAGGUUUUUCAUUUAAGAUGCUUAUUCUUAACGUUUCUAUAAUUCUACAAAUAUUCUCUUUCAAAUUAACUGUUGCCGAACACAGUAGCUGAUGAAUCUUUUAUUUUAUUUGCAUCUGUUUUAGCGAUAAGUAAUUUGUGAUUUCUAAGUAGUUUACAAAGAUCGAUGACGUUAGAGAGUUUUCACAAUACUUUUAAAAGAUUUGUAUUUCAGUAUUCCUUUUUUUUCCGAUUUUGUUUAGCAAAGUUGGAAAAAAUUGGAAAACAAAUCAGUUGAUCAAAACUGUAAAGUAUUUUAGGUAUCCCAGCUUGAAUGUGUUGCGUAAAAACAAAGGUUUUUAAUGCUAAAGCUUUAAAAGUCACAGUUUACAACAGGAUUUGUUUCUACAAGGCCACUAAAUACCUUACAACAAGGAUUGCGUUCUCUUUUGCUUGGGUUUAGUAGGUUUUUUUUUUUUGGUUUGAAACUUUAGUUACACUGAAUAAAGAAACAAAAGACUAUAUUAUCCUACUGUUUAACCGUCGGCGGUAACAAAUACGCCUACGUUGUUAUACUAUGUCACUUAUCAAGUGCACGUUAUGUAAAAGUCAGACUUAAGGUAUAAAAUGUAGAUGCCAGACUUGAUUCGUUUGAUCUUUCAAAACUUGGUGAACUAAAGAACAUGACAAAGAAACAGGGAAUGAUGUCGACAACAACAAUAUCAACAGCAAUAUCUCAGAAUCUUCAUCUCGUUCGAUUUAACUAUCGGUUACGUAAUGCUCUUAAAUCUUCUGGCCAUUGCUCUAACUCUGCAAUUUUUGACAAAGCUAUGUUUCUAUAACAACAUUUUUUUUUUCUGAUAGAUUGUUUAGUUUCUACUCUGAUCUUAUCGUUAAUCAACAAAUCUCGUGGCCAUUGCUCCAACUCUGCAAUUUUUGACAAAGCUAUGUUUCUAUAACAACAUUUUUUUUCUGAUAGAUUGUGUAGUUUCUACUCUGAUCUUAUCAUUAAUCAGCAAAUCAGGCUUCCUCGGACUUAAGUCGUGGUCAAUAAUUUUUUUUCAUGGUAUAUUUCAUUUUACUUGAUUUACUCAUUUAUAAAAGCAAAUGACAAUGAUUUUUAGCAGCCAUCAAAUAGUGCCGGCAUUGAACUCAAGUAACAUCUUUUGGUUUAACCAGUAAAAGCAACACACAACAAAAUGAUGGCUUAAUUAAUGGCUCACAAAAUAUAGAACGCUUAAUUAUAUGCUUGAUUAGUUCUUGAACCCUUCGGCAAAGUAGUCUCUACAGGAGCUAUUUUAUGUAAACAUCCCUUUAAACCGAUCAAAACAGCCAAACGUUUCUUCGGUCGAUUGAUAAGCAAGAUGGUGUUGAACUUUGUCUUUACUCUAAGUGUUGUAUGGAGUUUUCUGCCAUCUAUGAUCAUGGUCAGAGCUGUGACUCGUGAGUACUAUAUAGCAGCAGUGAUCAAAGACUGGAACUAUGCACCCAGCGGACAAAACCAAAUUAAGGGAGUUGCACUCCAAGAUGACAGGUACGCUAAGAGUGUGCUUGCAGAAAGCAACUACUACAGCUACAACCUUUAGGGCUUCUCUGAUUAGUUCAAAAGCUAACAGGCUACUCUUUAAUGCUACUGCGCUUCCACAUUUAUCCUUUUACUAACACUCAAUAAGCUCCCGCUUACUGUUAAUUAAACUAUACCGUAGUUUAAUUUGCUGCUCUUCUACUCUCUUGUUUUCUGCCAUCUUUUCAGCAGCAUAAUGAUGCGAUCAUUGCUUCUAAAAACAGUGAUACAUCGGUUGAUAUAGUCCGAUGAUUAGGGAUGUUCAGUGACGUUUUAAAUCCUGUUUGCACACCAACUGAAAAUAUAUUAACAUAUAAAAACUCACAACACUCGCCACUUUAUAGUCAUAAGUCAUAAAAAAGAAGUAAAGUUUAGCGUUUUUUCAACUGAAUUCUUCAUGACAUUAUAUGUCCAAAUAACGCAAAUUGCUUCAAAUAAUCGUUAAAGGUUCCUUAGUUUGGUUUACGAUCUUGUGCUAUACAUAGACCUCUGGCGUUUUCAGCUACCUCAUUUGUGGUUAAUUAGCAUUAAAAACAUCACGAAAUUAAAGAUCCACGAAUAAAAAUCCUCUCGAAAUUAAGUACUAAUAUAAAGUAGUCGAUAGUCUGUAAAAUAAUGAUUUUUGUUCCAUGGUCUUAGGCACAUAUUGGGCUCAGUGUUUUCUAGAAACGCUGUCCACUUUUGACUGUUUAAUUAAUUUACUAAGUUCUUCGAUAACGGCUAGUUGGUAUGUAAUAUUGAAAUAAAGAGCAUUAAAUUUGUUUUUUUGCUGAAGUUCAUAAUGUCCUCAAGCUAGAACCUCCUAAGAGAUCUGCUAAAUCAUAAUCAUUUUGUUUAUUUAUUUUAUUUAUUUUGUUUGUUUCAUAGCCAAGCACGACCUUUCACUCAGCGUGGCGUAAGCCGAGUGGCAACCCUGUACAAAAAGGUGCUGUAUCGCGAGUUUACAGACGGUUCCUUUACUCAGGAAAAGCCCCAUCCAGCACACCUCGGUGUUUUGGGUCCAGUAAUCAAGGGCGAAGUGGGAGACGUCGUCAAGAUACAUUUCAAGAACAAGGCUAAUAGGGCUUUCACGGUUCACUCCCAUGGAAUAUUCUACGACAAAAGCGAUGAAGGGGCCCUUUAUGCAGAUCACAGCAGUGAUGAUCAGAAAAGAGGCGAUCUAGUGGAACCUAAUAAAACUCAUCUUUACACAUGGAUAGUAACCGAAGAACACGCUCCAACCGAAGGGGACGGCGACUGUGUCAUAAGAAUGUACCAUUCUCACGUAAUGUCCGUGAAUGAUAUAAACACAGGCUUGAUAGGUAUUUCUAGUUGAAUUAAGCUAUACGUUUUCACAAAAUUUUUAACAAUCAGAUGUCUGAAAAAUACGUAUUUAUAUGUAAAAAGCGACGCACAAUAAUACACUAUCAUUAAUGAGGUAUAGAUCAGGGGCUCCCAACGACUAUGUUCUGUAAAAUAUCUGUCCGGAGAAGCAAAUAUUGUCCAGAAUUUUCUAUUGCUUGAGGACGGCUUUAAAUUUCCAGAUAACCGUUCCAUUCAUGUCCAACGUUCGAAACCUAUCUAAAAAACUCCCUACGAUUUUCUGAGCCUAAUUUUUCACAUUUCACUCCCCUAGUAAUGCUGUUUUUUCGUAGAAAAAGGAAAUCUAAAAUUUUCGGACUCAAAAACGUGGAAAUCGUCGUUGGGUGCUCCUGAUAGAUACCCAUAUCCUGUCUGAGAAAGGCUCAACUCGAAGUGGUCCGUGAGAACGAAUGGGACUGAGAUCAUUGCCCACCUCAUCAGGAAUAUGGAGGGGGUGGGGGGAGCCACGCGCAGUUCUCGUUGGGAUAAGAUCUGUUAGUGUCCAGUCCCUUAUUUACUGGCUUAUAACAAAUCUUCGAACCAAUACCUGACUUCAAGGAUAAUACCCUUCCAAGAGUUAUUUUUCCUGUCAUAAAUUAGCUCCGAUUUCGCGGCAAAACUCGUCCAUUGAGGCUAAUAGUAGGCGCAGUGGCUAAACUGUUUUUGUCGAGGUGGAGGAAAUUGUGGAAGAAACUCAACUGUUGCGCGAAAAAGAAAUAACCGAACUACUACCUAAGACACAAAAAGAAUUGCAAGAAUCGCUUAAUCUAUUUGAAGAAUGAAUGCUAUAAUAAACAUUCGUUAGUAACCUGAAUCUGCCGAUGUAUAACUGAGCCCUCGAUCUGUAUAAUCUCUCACAUCAUACUCAGCCUUGUCGAAUAAUUGUUUAUUAGAAAAUCGCUUGGUGUUUUUCCACAGGCCCACUACUGAUCUGCAAACGAGGAGCUUUGAUGCAAAAUAGCGUAAAGAGAAAAUACGUCGACAAAGAAUUUUUUCUUCUCAUCACCGAGAUGGACGAGAACAAGAGCUGGCUCCUGGAUGACAAUAUUCAAACCUAUUUUGGUAAUCCCGAACAGGCAAUGGCAAAUAAAUUUGAUCCGGGAUUUAAGGCAAGUAACAAGAUGGCAUCCAUUAAUGGCUACAUCUAUGGCAACCUACCUGGGCUGGACAUGUGUCACGGUGAUACGGUCAGUUGGCACAUAAUAGGUGUUGGAGAGUUCAGUGAUGUACACAAUCGUAAGUAUCCUGAGACACUGAGUCUUCUGUAAUCCAGUACUUCCAAAAACUGAAUUCUGGAUUUUUUGUCGGUGGAGCUUGGAUUCCGAUUCCAAUUCUGGAUUGUGAAUUCUUUGAGCUGCUUUCCGGAUUCCAAAGACUAGGAUUUAGCAUUGCAAAAGCAAACAUUUUCCGGAUUCUGAAUCCGGAAAAUGUUCGCCCCUACUUGGGCAAAUUUUAGGUCUUUCUUAGGCGUUAUUCUCUAAGUAAUUCAUGUAAAAUUAUUUUCAACAUCAUGCAAUUACUGUCCCUAACAUAUGUGAAAGUGUAAAACUCGUAAUCUUCUGCAAUAUAUCAGAUUUUGCCAGACUAUUUUGUCAUAAUUGUAUUAUGGUUUAACUGGCAACAGCAUGUUAGGGACCUUUGAACAUCAAGAACAUAAAACUAUAGAACUAAGAUAGGUGUGUUCAUUCAGAAGAUGUAACUUUUUGAAAUAUUAACCCCCUGCGUCUUUGUCACUAAAAAUAACUUGAAGUGAUUAUUUGGAGAAUAAGUCCUAAACUUAGCCUGCAUCUACUUUGAUUACUAAUUAAACGGUAAAAAAAAGGGUCAGAUCAGUAUCACCUCAGUUUCUGUUUAUACCAUCUUGUUGGCGACAGCAAAACCUCCACAGCUAUCGCUGCUGCAACAGACAUGUAGCAUUUAUUGCCUUCGCAGAGUCAUUGAUGAGAAGGCAAAAAACCCGAGGGGCAACCUUAUCUCCAGGGCUUUUCCCAUAGAAAAAUAAUGGGGGCCCCCCUCCAUGCAAUUUUCUAAGGCAGGAAGUUGCCGAAAAGGAUAUCAAUCCAAACGGUCUUUAUACAUUGAAUAGCCAGCAGUGGGAUUGAGACCUCCCAACAUUGCUUUGAGACAUUGAGAAAAGAAGAGAUUCAAAUCGUGUUAACUCUGUCUAAUUAACAUUUCUGCUGGUCUGUAAUGUCGAAGCCUUUUGUACAGCAUUUUAAACUUUGUCCCUUCGUAUUCCACAUUGCUGUUAUCUUGUGCUAUAAAAUGUGCCCAAUCAUUGUUGUUAUAAUGUUGUGACUCUUUCGCUCCUCAUUGGUCCAAAUGUUGAGACAAUAUUGACAUCAUUUUAAAAAGGUUUUAAACCUUAAGACCCUAGAUCCGAUUCUAAGGUAACAAGAAUUGUUGAUUCCUUUCUUACCGUAUAAUCUGAAAAAUAAACUCUGUUUACUCUAUUAAAAGCUUCGUUCCAUGGGCACACAGUCAAGAUCAACUCCCAUCGCCGAGACACAGCUAUAGUGCUUCCAGCCACUUUCUUGACAGCCUACAUGAAGGCGUGGAAUCCAGGAACUUGGUUACUGAAUUGCAUGAACAGCCACUUCUUUGAUAAAGGAAUGUCGGCGCUCUUUUAUGUCAAGAAGUGCGAGAAGAAUGUUGCCAUGCCAACCGUCAGUGGUAAUAGAACGAAAAUGUACUACAUAGCCGCGGAUGAGGUUAUGUGGGAUUAUGGACCAUCUGGUGUUAAUAAAAUAGACGGAAAAUCGCUUACUUCACCUGGAAGGUAACAACUUGAAAAAUAAAGCCUUUUUAUAGAAAGAAAGAUUGAAUAUUCAUUACCUAGGUGAAACCUCAAACAAAUCUACUAGUUAAUAUGGGGCGAUUUCGAUUUAACAAAAAUUUCGGAAAUUCCACUUGCCCAGCGGACCCGAUCGACCCAAGCCACCGCGCGUUUAAUUAUUGUUUUCUUGUACAUGUAAGCCGGAUACAGUAGAGCAGUACUAGGGACAACAAUUUUGUCAAAUAGAAAGGAACAUUUCGGUCCGACCGGACCGGUGAAAGUGAACCAUCUCUUCUAGAUGCGUGGUUCCCGAUAUUCAGGUCAGACCCAGCCGGAAUGGUCCGUUCCAAUUGAUUUUCCCGGAAUUUUGGGCUGAAUGGAGAGCGUCCAUAGUUUGCCGAGAAUGGCAUGAAACACUCACUCACUUGGAACAGCAGGAUUUCUCAGAUUGACGAUUGCUUGCUUUGCAGUGAUUCUGCUAAAUACUUCACCCGUGCUGAUAACAGAAUUGGAGGAAGAUACAAAAAAGCUAUCUUUGUCGAAUACACAGACAGUAAUUUCACUACUAAAGUAAAUCGAACAGCCAGUGAAGAGCAUUUGGGAUUCCUAGGGCCUACCAUUCGAGCGGAGGUUGGCGAUGAAAUCCAGGUGCUCUUUAAAAAUCAGGUAAGCAACUUUGUAAUGAAAGUUAAAACUGUCGUUUCAAAAGAAAAUAUGGCGUCUCCGUAUAGAAGUAGUAUAGGGUGAACCGAAAUAUCCGUUUUUGUUUUGUUUUCUAGCUGAGAGAUUAAGUCGUUUCGACAACAAACACAAAAAUAAUCAGAACUUUAAUUUCUCAUUUUGUCAGCAAUAAAAUGUUCUAAUCUCAAGCAUUUUAAGGCAUGGCCGGUCCUUUGCUCUUAGACACUCGGCGAAGACAGCUACUCUUGCUAGAAAACGCGCUGUUCUUUUGAUCGUAACCACCGCUAAGUCAGCAGAAAAAUUUUUGUCGUCCUUAAACCUUCUGAAGGUUAAUAACAGAGGUCACAUGUCCGAUGACGUCAUAAAUAAGGAAAAAGUGAUAUCUGAAACUGGCAAUGACUUGUUGGAGAAGCUAAAUUCACAAGCACGCUGCAUUUAAGGUAUAGAUGCAUAGAUAGAAUCUGUGCCCCGAAUGGAGAAAAAUCUUAUUUCAUGAAAGAGUAAUUCGAUUAUUAAAGAGGUCACGUGGCCUAUUUUUUGAAAAUUACUCUUAAACGGCAAAAUGAAUUCGGUCAUUCAAGACAGAUUCUUUAAGGGGGUAACCAUGGAAAUAUGUUCGCGUUUCAACAUUUACCCGUUAUAUGUCAUCUCGGCGGCCCAUUUUCGCUUUUCACGUAAGAAAACUGUUACAGAUGUCCACAUGACGCAAAAAGUCAGAACUUAAAGUAAACAAUAAUUUAACGACAUUACGGUUUAUGUUAUUACCAAGUUUUAUGCUGUUAAGGUAUAUCUUGUUAUGCAAAUUAGGUUCUGGGUGAUGCCUUAACAUGCUUAAGAUCAAUUCCAUCAUCUUAUAAGGUCAUUGCUCCCGUCGACCUUCUCUCUCCUUCUCCCCCCCUCCCCCCCCCCCCUCUCUCUCUCCUUCUCUCUCUCCCUCUCUUUAACAGGGGAGUCGCAAUUACAGUAUGCAUCCACUUGGUGUCUUCUACGAUAAAGCAAACGAAGGAUCUGGCUACAAUGGCACAUCCGGGAAUGAUACUACAGCUGGUUAUGCUGUUAUGCCCAAUCAAACAUUCCUCUAUAGAUGGACUGUACCAGAGGCUGUAGCCCCAACGGACGAAGAUCCUCCAUGUAUCACAUGGAUGUAUUAUUCCAGUGUUGACUCAACUAAAGACGUACAUAGUGGUAGGUAGAAUGGUUUGGGAUAUAGAGGGAUUACAACUUAUAAUCCAUGUCUGAUUUCCUCAAAGACGAACAGAGCAUUGAAUUUUUCAUUCUUUUAGUUUAAAUUUGUCAAAUUCGGUAAAUUUAUUUCAAUAAUUUUAUAAUUUCCCACGUAUUUUUGAUGUUAGCUUCCUUUCACAUUCUACAUUUAUUAAUAUGUAACUGUCACUGAUUAAAACGGGAGGUAGCUGGUGUUUUACCGUAGAUAAGAAAUAAUCGACCAAUAACUUACACUUCGAAAAGCAAAAAGCACGCAUAAUAACCUGGUAUAAAAAAGGUUUUUUCCUCACUGUGUGGAAGGCAAAGCAAUUCAUUUCAAUCGGGGAGUCAAUCUUCCUUUCUGAGUUCUUUGGAACUACUAAGCAAUAUAUGCUAGUCGUAUAAAAUGUUCAUCAAUAGAAUAUCAAAUUAAAUUCGUUUCCUCUUUCGUGCAUUCAUUCAGUUAAGCUUUGUUUGGUUGUCUGUUUUUGUUUGUUAUGUUUUUAAUGUUUAAUAUUUUUCAUGUUAUUCAUUUGUAAACCCGAAACUCGAGGAUUCAACUUCUGCUCAAUACUCGUAAACUGUGUGUGUGUUUGCUAAGUUAGACGUUUAGUCAAAUUAAAAUUGGACAAAAACAAGCAUUCUCAACUAUAAACUGCAUCAACAGCCAUGUUAAUGAUCAUAAUUUUACCUCUCUUAAAGGGCUCAUCGGAUGUCUGAUUGUGUGUAAAAAAGGAACGCUGGAGGAAAAUAGGCCAUGGAAAAGGAAGGACGUCGAUCACGAGUUUUGCUUGCGCUUUGCUUUAACCGACGAAGGACUUUCUUGGUAUUUCAAUGAAAAUAAGAACCUUGCGGGGAACGCUUCUACGAUAGACGCUAGUAAGUGCGUCGUUUUCAGUCAAAGUAUAAACCGUACAAUUAUCUAUUGAGUUCGAGAUACCUAAUCCACUAAAAAUUGGGUUCAGUUAAUCUAUCGACUUAGCCAACGCUAAAGGCGAAGCUCCCGUUAAUAAAUUUACAAUUUACUUCAAACAAUAAACUUGUAACCAUUAAAAACAAAUCCACUUGGCGAUCAGUUGAAAACUAGAAACUUGCCUGCGGAGAACUUCAAAUAACCUCGAUGGGUCGACACUUGGGCCUACUGGUCAGCGGAUACUCAGCUUUGACAGCUGUCAAUUGACCUCAACAUAAAUGCACAAUAUCACGUUGCAGGCUCUCGCACUAGCUUGAAAGUGUGACCUUAGACCUUAGUUUCCCUGUGGCCAACACGGAAGGAAGGAUGGGCGGAAGUACGGUCACGCGAAUAAUGGAUCAGAUAACCAAAGUUUCUUAGCCAUGGGGCUAAGUUUGUGCGUGCAGGAUAUUACUGUUUGAGGUCAAUUAUGUGCUAUAGUCAUUACUAAGAGCCUUUACCCAUAUAACACAAAAUGAUCCCGUAGAGUUAUGAAGAAUUCGAAGGUGUGACUAUCAAACAAAUUUCAUCAGGGAACAAUGAUCAUAAGAAUUUGUUUGGUGAUUUUGGUAGGAAUAACAUUAUUACAAGUUGGAAAAGUUGGCCCGACAUUUUCAACCCAUUUCCAUCUUUGCCUUCAAAGAUGGAAAUAGGACAGUUUCAAAGCCUGGAUAUAGUCUUAAAUAACAAAACUGGGCUACUAUUUUUGGAAAUCAUUUGAUGCGAAGACAGGUCAGUUAUUUUUUUUUCAAAAGUGAGGGCAAAUAGCCCUUUAAGUAUCACAAUUUACAGUAUCCAUUCCCAGUGCAAUAAACGUUGCUUUUCUUAAUUUUUCUUGACUCUUUAAGAUGACGCGGGAUUCAAGGAAAGCAACAAAAUGCGGAAUAUCAACGGCUUCAUGUAUGGAAAUUUACCUGGUUUGCGCAUGAGCAAAGGUGAUGACGUUUCGUGGCAUUUCUUGGGUGGUCCUGCGGGGCAGAUGCACAGCGCUUACUUUUAUGGCAACACUCUGAUAAGGAAUGGAAAUAACUAUGACACAGUGGGACUAAUGGAAGGUAUAGUUUUUGUACUUUAUUUGUGCAUAGUUCUUUACUUCUUGUAUUACUUCAGCUAUUCCCUUUUUUAACCAAAUAGCCUCUUUUCCAGGCAAAUAUACCAUCGAUCAACGUUGUUUCCAAUGAAAUAUACCAUUGAAUCGAUGUUGCAUUGUUUGCAUUAUCCGAAUUCAAUCAACACUGCCUGGUUAGGAAGAAUUUGCCGGGGGAUUGGGUUAAUCAGGAACGGCGAAAUAUUUUUAAACGAAUAACAGUACAAAUGUGACGUGCACAUAGAGUACGAAAUAAAAUGGCCAUUAUUUUUAUUUUUAUUUCUUUUAUUUUUGAAGCAACGGAUUAAAAACUCAUAAAACAAUGACGGUGGACAUUCUGUUCUUGCACCGAAAUCGAUAUCACGGUUUGAGAAGAAGUCUGAGUACUUGACCUUUUACUUCCUAAAGUCAAUUAUCUUCCCUGGGCUGAAAGCCAUCUAUGGACCCAAGAGAAACGCUGUCGCCCCCAGUGAAGUGAGCAGAUGGUAGUAAGUUGCUCACAGACCUCCAAGACAUAAGGGCCAGAUGGAAGGAGUACUUCAAUAACUUGCUGAAUCAUGAAGAAUCUGCACAUCCAGAUGCUUGUCAGCAGAUGAAGAGGAAGCCCACAUGGAAUGAGCUGUGCGGAGAAAUAACUAUGGAGGAACUAAGAAAGCUUUGAAGUCAACAGCAUCUGGCAAAGCACCUGGUUUGGAUGGUAUUUCCUCAGAUAUCUUAUAGAAAUGGUGGCGAAAAGAUGUGCGAAGUUCUACUAGACCUGUUCAACAGAUGCCUAUCUAUGCUCCAAUUGUCACCAUCUACAAGAGAAACAGCGACCGUGCAGAGUUCGGAAGCCAUCGAGGAAUAUCACUACUGGCCAUACCCGGCAAAGUCCUUGCCAAGAUUGUUAUGAACAGACUGAAGUUCAUUUCGGAAGAAGUUCUCCCGGAGAGUCAGUGUGGAUUCCGGGUUGGCAGUUCCACCUCUGACAUGAUCUUCACUCUGCACCAGCUCCGAGAGAAGGCAGCAGAGCAACAUCAGCCAUUAUAUGUUGCCUUUGUUGACUUCACAAAGGUAUUUGACACCGUUGACCGCACAACCCUCUGGAAGAUCCUUGAAACCUAUGGAUGCCCUGAUAAGCUUGUAAACAUCAUCAAGCAAUUCCAUCAGGAAAUGAAGGCACAAGUCUAAGUCGGCGGCGAACCCAGUGAUGCCUUUGUAGUCAACCAUGGCGUGAAGCAGGGGUGCGUGCUACCUCCAACUCUUUUUCCCCUCUACUUCACAGCUGUGCUGGAGACUACGAACGAAGGGCUCAAUAGGGGCGUUUUCAUUCGCAUAAGGACAGAUGGCAAACUGCUCAACCUUGCCCGGCUUCGUGCCCACACGAAAACACUAAAGAUGUGUAUCAGAGAACUGCUUUAUGCUGAUGACUCAGCCCUUGUGGCCAACAACGCAGACCCGGAAGUGGAAAGGGGGAUCCAAUCCGCCACGAGGGCCUAAGGAGCGCUACAAAAGAGACUCUGGAGCUGUAAUGACAUCAGCACAAAAACCAAUGUGAAGGUUUACUCAGUUGCAGUCAUCCCUUGUCUGCUCUAUUCCAUCGAGUGCACCACUCUUCACCGCAGGCACAUUGUGGCUCUGACAAGUCUCCAGCUUCGCCACCUACGCUGUCCGACAUCCUCAACAUCAAGUGGCAAGACCGUAUCCCAGGCGUUGAGGUACUGCGCCGUGCUCACACAGUCAGUGUUGAAGCCCUAAUAACCGUGUCACAGCUUCGCUGGGCAGGACAUGUACGUCAGAUGGCCAAUAGCAGGCUGCCAAAAGCUGUGUUCUACUCGCAACUACGCCAAGGUAAAAGGAGCCAUGAAGGACAAAAAUUACGUUUCAAAGAUUUAUUGAAGCGACAUAUGAAGGAAACAGGCAUCUCGCGUGAUACCUGGGAGAAGGAUGCAGUCUAGAGAGUCAAAUGGCGAGGACUGUUGAGGAAGGCCACGUCAGCACGUCAGCUGUUGAGGAAGAUCAGCAUCAGCGCCAGAAGGAAUAUCAGCGUGCACAUGUCCGAUGACACUAGGCAGCUACCUCAAGCAGUUUCCAGUGCAACAAUUGUCAGCGUUACUGCAGAUCCCGAGCGGGUUUGACUGCUCACGCGAGAACCUGUUUAAGAUAGGCCUCAACUCAAUUACAAGACAGUCAUCUCAGGUAACGAGGGAAAGCCAUUAUCUUCCCUGGCAUUUCAAAGAAAUUUAAAAAGCGGCUUAAACGUUCAUUGUGUCAUGACUAGUUAAUUGUUAGUUGUAGCAUUUACUUUUUGCUUUUUACAUUAACUUACCAAGAAUUUAACUUUAUUUAUUACAGGUUCCUUAGCAACAAUGCACAUGACCCCAGAUAACCCUGGAGAGUGGAAAUUAGCUGAUCGGACUAAUAGUAACUUAGAAGGAGGAACUACUGCCAAGUACACGGUAUUGAAGGAUUGUGGGAAUGCUUCUUCUGACCAACCAAUGAGUGGUCGGAAGAGAUGGUAUUACAUUGCAGCCGUGGAAGAAACGUGGAACUACGCGCCAACUGGAAAGGAUUUAAUCGAAGGAGUCGAGCUUAAGGAUAGCCCGUAGGUUUUUUUAGCAAUUUAAACUAAUACCAGGCUAAUAAAAUUGCGUGUGAGCCGCUACUUUCAUCAAGUUAAGAUUGAUAUGAAUACAACUUCUUUAGGAAAGACGUGUUUCUUUCAACCACUAAAUGGAAUCUGUGUAAGUAGAUGAUCUCAGCCUGUAUAUUCCACAGAAACAAGCGGAAGAGCGGAUUUGGGGGACUAACUAUAGAGGCCUGAGCUUAAGUAAAUAACAGGAGGGCGAAGUUCACUCAAUUGCGUCCUUUAAUUUAUUCUUGCUCGUCAAAAGUGAGAAACCAAAUUUGGCUUAAACAAAGUCUACGAGUGCACAGCUACCGUCGCAGGAUUAAGAUCAACUUUCGCGGCUUACAAGGAGUGGAUAUGAUGAGCAGUAUAAAAGUUUAUUGGUUCAGUUACGCUGUAAUUAAUCAGAAUGAUAUGCUUUAGUACGGGUAUUUCCUUCAAGUUGGCGGCAAAUCUUUGAAUAAAAGCUUGAAAGAAUGAAAUUUCUUCGGAUAUAAAUUUGUCACGAUUGCGUUUUCAUCGAAGGAUAUCGAACUAGGACUAAAAGGUGCUAUGGAAAGCUUUCCUUCCUUUAAUCUGCAAUAGGUAGCUGGUUGAGAAUUGCUUGUUUGAGUCAAAAGACUACACAUAGUUUUAAGUACGGAACCAAGCUUUCCGCGGCGUAGGUCAAAUAACACUGAUCUAUUUGGUACCAGAUUGUAAAUGUGCCAUGAUUAAGUAAACACUCCGCUUAGCUAUGAAGCUGUAUGACUGGUCGGCUCUACGUAUUAUGCACUUAAACUUUAUUUUAGUAAAUACUUUCUUAUAUAUAUAUAUCUUUCACCAGUUAAAUAAAGACUUGUUAGUUCUUCCAGCAUGUUCCAAAAUUAAUUCCACCCGACUAUAAAAAACGUCUUUCCGCAGACAUGCUGCUCGUUACACACUACCAGGUGAUCGUUUUCUUGGUGGGAUACUCAAGAAGGCAAUUUAUCGGGAAUACACAGAUGCUACCUUCACUCAGCAGAAGCAAAGAAACAAAGAAGAGGAGCACUUGGGAAUCAUGGGACCAAUGAUCAAAGCUGAAGUGGGUGACACCAUUGAAGUUAUCUUUAAGAACUUGGCGUCCAGAGAAUAUUCCAUUCAUCCUCAUGGACUCUUUUACAGGUAAAACCGAGCGUUCCUAUGAACGAGUCACAGCAAUUUAAAAUAGGAGGAAUGAAAUCACAGGGACCACACAAUCUGUUUGUGUAACCGAUUGUAAUGUCAUAAGUAAACUAAAUUAACCGUUAAUUCGCUUAAUAUGUGCAUGGAUCAAUGCUAAAUAAACGUUUUAUAACCUUACCUACGGCCAGUAUGCCUAAAAAGAGGCAUUUUGAAUGAUUUUCAAGAAUUUGAGUUCGCCGUUUGCUGUUCCUCUUAAUAGCAGGACGAACUCAAAAUCCUUCAAAAUCGCUAAAAAAAAUCCACUUCUGAGGCAAAAAGGCGACAAUAAUCCCACACCAAACACUACCUUAAGUUUGUUUAAGCUGCAGAUAAUCGUUAAAUACUGAUUGUUGCGAGGAAAAUUUGUUACUUUUCCACUCCUUAACAACUCAAACAAUUGCAACAGGGUAAAGGAGGACGUAUUUGUUACGGAGGACGAGCAAAGAGAAAAGAGAGAGGCGGGGGACCGACCGCUUGAGAAAAGAAAGGGCUAGGCUUAAACAUUAGAGGGCAAUUAUUAAAGAAAUUUCUGCAUUUUUUGUUUCAAUUCUUUAGCAAACAAGACGAAGGGUCUCCUUAUAAGGAUAACACCACUGGCGCUGAUUUAGUUGACAACGCAAUCGCUCCAGGAAAGAUUCACAACUACGUCUGGGAAGUAACUGCAAGGGCUGGGCCUGGACCUAAUGACACUGAUUGUUUGACAUGGGGGUACUAUUCAGAUGUUAACCCAGUUAAAGACACCAACACUGGACUGGUAGGCGCGCUGGUCAUCUGCAGAAAGGUAACUGUUAUUAGCAGGUAUUAGCUGAGGCUGACCACCUCGUCGACCUGCAUAGUUUUUCAUAUCACAUAAAUCUUAUGCAUUCAAAAUAUUUCCAACUUCAAAGCAUGCUCGCCUCGAUGUAAAGUUAAGUUCUCGAACAUUUGCCUGUCAUGUUCCGAAUGGUAUUUGUGUUUAUUCUUGCUAUGUUUUGAGGCACUAUUUUGGCAAUUCAGUUUCAUAGGAAUCUUCUUCCAUUUUCUCUACAUCACCAAAACAGUCACGCAACCGGGCUAUGUCGCUUUUUCUAUCGAUUAUCAUUACAGUUGAUGUCACAGUAUUGCCAAAUUGGCACAUUUCUUCCAAAGCCAGUCAUGAAGUAUUGGGGCAUUUAAGACGGCUCGAUGGGGUCUUUCAGGGUCAAUACCUACCAAUAGACCUUUUUACCGAUACGGCGGCUAUAUUGAAUUUAUUAGAUUUAAGGAGUAUAAUGGUAUGCCCAGGGGCACUCGCGGGCAAAACGAGAACUUCAUUGUAUAUGUCUCGGGAAAAAGGCGAGCAUUAUUACAUCCAAACACGGCACGACGAUCUUUUUUUCCCAAUACAAUCUUUUUAUAGGAAAACUUAAAGAAAAUUGGCCCGAAAAGAGCGCUUAAUUACUGAGCGAGUAUAUCGGAUCCUGCUCAUGCCCGAAGCAAAAACCUCGCAGAUUACUUUUGACGUGUGUUUGAUUGGGCAGGGAGGUCAAAACUAAAAAUAACCUUUUUUUUUCAAGGGAACUCUAGACGAUCAUGGAAAAGUGAAGGGUGUUGACAGGGAGUUUGCAACAUUGUUUACCGUAUUUGAUGAGAGCCGCAACUGGUACGUGGGAGAAAACGUUGAAAAUUAUCUCACGGACAAGAAUCCACCUCCGCUUAACCAACUUGUUAGCAUCUUUGACUUCUGGGAGAGCAACUUGAAGGCUACCAUUAAUGGCUAUGUGUUUGGAAAUGUCCCGGGUUUUACCAUGUACAAAGGCGAGAAAGUUGUGUGGUAUCUCCUACAAGUUGGUGGUAUGACAGAAAUGCACACGGUUCAUUUCCACGGCCAAACUAUCUUAUAUGUAAGUACUUGUUCUUAGCCGAUCAGAUGGCUGCGCGUCUCAGUAUUUUACAAUUCUUUUAUUAAGUACAAAAUGAUUGGUGACGACUUGAAAAUCGGAAGUUUGAUAAGCAGCCUUUUUCCUGAACAUUUUGUGACAGUGGCGCACAAAGUUUGGACGAAUUUGCCUUUUUUGGAAGCUUUUAAUUCCGCCACGCACUCUGCGCUCUGGUAAAUUUGUUACCAUAAGACUCUCAGUAACACUCUGAUAGGAGGUAAGCAUACAGUUUAAUAGUUUUGAUACAUCGACAACAAUUUUCCAUGGUCUGUACUCUUAACGACCACAUCCACCUGUUCAAAACUCAAGUGGAACCACGAACCGGGGGCCGAGUGAUUUCACUUCAAUGUGUUGAUCAUUUUGACGUCGUUUCUAUUGUUGCCGAUUUAUUUUUUUUACAAUAACAUUGAAAGUUUCGACGUCCAUUUCCGUUGAAGUUUCUCAAAAAAUUAAGCGCACGAAAAAGCGAAAAACAAACUGCGCCACCAUCAUAUCACUUCCAUGGCUGUACUUAUCGAACUAUUCAUCUAGCAAGAAAUCACUCAGUUAUUGUAAAACUAAGUAAACUGCCUUCGGCUGUCCUAGGGGUCAAUUAUUAUUUUUCCAGUUUCCAUGGCUACCAGAUGCAGUCACCUGUACAAAAAUUCCAAAAGGGGUCUAAACCAUCGCCUUGUAAAAUGGCAUGCUGAAGUAAUUCAAUCUGCUCUCCAGGAUGAGUGCAUUCCUAAAUGAUGCACGAUUUGCCGUUUUUUAAUCAUCCUCUUGCGUCAUCUUCCAACAAAAUAGUGCUAUAAACUGAAAUAAUCGCUCACAGAUCUCUUUCCCACUAAAAAUCUUUUAAGAGAGUAUCAACCAUCACUAAGUUAUGCACCUUUAAUUAACGUAAGUCGCUACAUUUGGAUUCGUUGCCACACAUCUUUUCAUUGGUGUGAUUGGACAUUUUGUAAUGAUCUUGCGUCAUCUAUAACUUUUAAGUCGUCGGCAAUUGUGUGCGGACUAUUGACUCGUAUUCUUCAACACUUUUCAGAAAUCGCAGACCUAUCAUCGUAACGAUGUCUACGAUUUGCUGCCAGAAUCCUUUGCGACCGUUGAGAUGAUACCUGAUGCAGUUGGAACCUGGAUGCUUCACUGUCACGUGAACGUUCACUUGGAUGGUGGGAUGAAAACUCUGUUCACAGUUUUGGCUCCAACAAGUGAGUUUGUAAAGCAAACCAUUGCAAUGCUUUGA